AUGAUAAUGGAAUUUCGUUCGAGUCAAAAGUUCUACCACGAAAUACGAAAUAUUUGACGAAACUUUUGUUUGUGAAAUGCAUAUUCAGUGAAUAUAUUGAAAAAUAAUUAGGCAAGCGAUUAGUCAACGUUUUUCAGCCUGUUAGAAAAUGCAUGCCGCAGCGGUAGCGUUGUAAACGUAAAUAUUUUUGCAAGAUGGAAGCUCAGGACGAUAAACUAAAGUGGGGAUGUUUAUUAUUCCCUCCAGCCGGAGGAAAUGUGUUUAGUAAAUUUCCGAAAAAGAAAAAUUGGCAACAAAAGUACUGUAUACUGUUUAGUGCAAGCAUACAAGGUAUUGAAAGACUCGAGAUCUAUGACAACAAAGAUGAUGUUACCAAUGGUGCUAUUCCAAAAGUUGUAACACUCGAAAACUGCAUUAGAAUUACCCAUUCUAGUCCCAAUACCAUAACUAUUUUGACUAAGUCCAACUCACAGCAAAUUAGUGCACAAUCAGAAGCAGAAACAUUAGAAUGGGUCACAGCAUUACAGUCUGUGGCAUUCAAGGGACGAGACAACAACCCUAUAGCUUGUGAUGAGGACAAUGAUCUCUACUGCUCAUCAGGAGAAGGAGUAUUUUCUGUUAAAAUGUGUAUAUCAGAAGCUUCAACAAGAUGCGGUUUUGAACCCAUCAGAUACCUGUUACUAUUGACAACAACAUCCAUAGAAUUAAGAGAUGUGAAUGACAAUAAAUUGUAUGCAACAUGGCCAUAUAGAUACAUAAGACGUUAUGGAUACAGACAGGGUAAGUUCACAUUUGAGGCGGGAAGGAAAUGCGAAACCGGCGAAGGAAUCUUCCAUUUGGAACAUCCGAAUCAAUCAGAAAUAUUCAAAUGUUUGUCUCUGAAGAUGAAAACAAUGAAACAAAUGAUAGGUAAUGAUAACUUAAACAGCCCCGAACAUAGUGAAUUUAAUAUUCAACCCACUGCAAACUUAUUCCCUGGGUCUAGGAGCCCACUGAUUGCAGCGAGGCCAGAUGAUCUAAACUUGAGCUGCUUAUCAUUUAAAACAUCCUCAGUUUCAAGUCAUCAGACGACCAGCACGGAUAGAGAGUCUGCCCCACUUCUUAUGCCAAAGCCUGCUCUAAAACCUAAACCACAAAAACCUCCCAGGAAAGUGGUCAAUCUACCCAAACCGAAAGAAGUGUCAUGCCCAAUUGAGGAAAGUCCAAUGGAGUUUGGAAGGUACAAGAAACUUGAUAACUAUGAACCUAUCGAGCAUGUGAAAAGAGAACACAGCCCUCCGGUGCCAUAUGAUAAGGUGGAGGUGCGUUGUGAAGCGUGGAAAACCUUGGGGAUCGAUGAUCCUGAUCACACUGAAUUCACUCCAAACUUAGCUGAUAAUCCUAACUGCAUGAAACUAAUAUCAAGGUCACAAGACAACCUAAACUCAUCUGGACCGGAAUCAUCUAGAAUUAUACUUUUGCCGAGCCCUGUAGUAGAUCCAGAAGACGAAAACUAUGACAGGUUGCAAUAUUUCGGUUCCACUAGUAAAUUAAAUAAGUCAUCCAGAUACAAAUUGUUAGAAGCCCGACCGACUACUCUGGCCUUGAAUGACACGAAGAAUAAAGAUACUUGGAAUGAUUAUGAUGAGGUGGAGAAUGUCAUGCAGACCGCCAGACUAGCUGACGACUCACAUCUUGGAUAUGGUAUGAUCAGGAAACCGAAUACUCCUGGCCCCCAAGUGCCCACUGCUGCCCAAGCACAAGCCAUGCAGAACCAAGUAGCAUUGGAAGACAUCGCACAUAACACAUGCAACGGAACAGAUUAUGCCAUAAUAAGUCGUCCAAAAAGAGUAUGAGAAUUUUUAUUAAGACUGAAUUUGUCAUCGAAUUUUUAAUGUAAUCUAAAAAGUAUUAUGAUCCAUACACACAGUUUCAAAUCUACUAAUGUUAUAAAAACAAGACUAGCAAAUUUUACAAUAGAUGAUGGCAACAUUGAUUUGACAAUCUACAAUCGAUUCAUAAUCUUGCAAAUUGCAACUAACAUUUUCAAGUGCCAAUUUUUUGAUAUUUUAAGUGAUAAUUAUUAUUCUACUACUUAAUUUUAAAUCUUGAAAUUAUUGAAUUAUGAAUAUCAAAAUUGUGAGACUGUUUAAGCAUUCCCUAGAUGUAUUUUCGCCAUAUGUUUUGUAGAAUUUAAAGUGUGGCAUAAGUAUUCUCAAAAAUUAUAUUAAGGAAAAAUGUGAUUGUCGUGCCUUAUGUCUUUUUCACCAAGUUGUAUUGGCUUGGCUAUUUUUGGAAAAUCGAUAAUUAUUCCAGUUGUAAGUGUAACUAAUGUGUAAGAUUCAUUUGGAAAUAUUACCAAUAUGAUAAGUCCAUAUAUUUAAAAGUAUUUUAUCAUUAUGAAUUGUGUUAUAUUUUAUUAGUUUUUAUAUUAUGCAAUAACCUAUAUUAUGGUGCCAAUUUGUAUACAAUUAAAUAGUGAUAUAAGGUUGUACUACCCCAUUUGUUGAUAAAAUGAAACAGUUUCUUAUAAUUUGUGUAAAUGAAUCUCCAAGUAAAAGUUCUACGCACAACAAUAUUAUUUGUGAUAAGAAUUUAAAAAUGUAUUGAACUUCAAGAUAUUCGUUUUUGAUAUUAUACAUAUUUCAUGGCAUAUUCUGUUGGCCAUAUUUUAAAUUGUGAGCAUUAUGAUUUUAGUAUUAAGUGUUAUUCUAUACUCUGUAGACAAGAUACUUAAAUAUAUAAAGGAAGUAAA